CCACUGCGCGCUUUUUUGGCACUCCAUAGAACUGCUUGAGUUGUUGAACUUCAUGGAAUGGACUGUCGGGCCCUGCAAGAGGCCUUCAGGUUGCAACUGCAGCAGCCGCCCUUGCGGCUGGAUGCGCUAGAAACCUUUGACGUCUUUUGUCCGCUAGUGGAGGCCCAUCCCGAUGUCAAGCCCGCGAUCACGGCGCGAGGAGACCUUUGCAUGGUGGCACUCCGCCCACUGCCUGCUGGCACAUUGCUGCUUCGGGAGGAACCCUUGGCAGUGUCACGGUGUGACCCUGAGGACUCCUCCUACAACAUGCUGCUGCUCCUAUCAACCACAGCCAAGAACUUUGAUCACCUGAAGAAGGCCACCUUUGGGCUAAUGCCACGACAUGGGUUGCCAAAGGAGGGUGACGUGCAUGCACUCUUCUUGCAGAUCAUUGCUGGGAUGAAGGAGCUUGUUUCCCUGGUCUUUGAAGCUAAGUCCACCGGCCGCUCAGCGGCUGCGCUGUGUGCCGCCUUCGAGGGCUUGAGCCAGGAUGAUGCAAUCGACAUCGCCACGAGCAUCACCUCUUUCUGCUUGCAACACAAGCACCAGGAGGAGGCUGCAGAUGAGCUGAUGCGCCUCACCGUGGCCUUUCUUCUCAACUCAUUUGCUGCGAGUUCGAAUGAAGUGAGGCUGUGCCGCUUCUGCGCUCUUUUCAAUCAUUCUUGUGAUCCUUCAGCAACGCCUGAGACAGAGGGCGAUUAUGUCAGCAUGCGACUGUUGAGGCCUGUGGCUGCGGGUGAGGAAAUCACUUUUUGCUACGUGCCCCUGAAGCAGGAUCCUUCUGCCUGGUGUGUGCAGAGGCUGCCUCAGAGAGGAGGAAAGAGUGGCACCAGGCCUUUGGCAGCCGAGGGUCAUGAUGCGCUGGGAGCUUUUGAGGGCCCCAGUGCUUGUGGUGUCUAUAGACCUGGCAGAGGUUUGGCCAGUGAGCUCGGACGAUCUGCAGUGCGACUUGGGCAGCGGAUCGGUGCGACUGCGCAUCCGCGAGCAUGAGGUGCAAGUGGCCCUUCCGUGCUGCUGUGUUGAAGCCGAAGCAGCCAAGUUGGCCAGGCGGCGCCUUGUGCUAAUCCUCAAGGAGCCUGAGGACUGCAGAAACGCAGUUGCUUCGAGC